UGUUAGUAGGAUGCGACGUGGAACUUCGUACAAUUUAACAGAGCAGUCUAAGUACCAGUUUCCUAUGUUAUAUCGUCAAUGGGUAAUCUUACAGUUAUGCUGAACAGAAAUAGUUCAAUUUAAUUACAAUCCAAUAGUGAGACAGUUUAUAAUUUGUAUAGUGUGUUUGUUCAUUUUGGGAAUUUUGUUAUUCUGCGAGUUUAAAAAUGAAUUUAAUCCCAUUUCUAAAAAGAAACUUUCCAGUAUAUAUAGGUUUUGUGAUCAUCUGUUUGUUCAUUCAAAGGAUACAUGGUCAGUGUUCACCAAACCAGUUUACAUGUGCCAAUCACAGGUGCAUUCCAAUGACCUGGCAUUGUGAUGAAGAUGAUGACUGUGGAGACAAUUCUGAUGAAAUAAACUGUUAUGUAAGAACCUGUUCAUCAACAGAAAUGAAAUGUGACAACCAAAAAUGUGUUCCUAUCAAAUGGCAAUGUGACAAAGAAAAUGACUGUGGAGACAUGUCUGAUGAAAAUCAAGAUCUUUGUAGCAAUAAAACAUGUGGACCUGAUCAAUUCUCUUGUGAAAUGACUGAGGGAGUUUGUAUACCUGAAACCUGGAGAUGUGAUGGCCAGAAGGACUGCCAAGAUGGUUCUGAUGAAAAAAAAGAUUGUUACCAGAUGACUUGUACAUCACAAGAAUUUACUUGCCAAAAUAAGAAGUGUAUUACUCAACGGUGGAUCUGUGACCAAGAUGAUGACUGUGGAGAUGGCAGCGAUGAACUGAACUGUUCAAAUGUAACCUGCUCUUCAACAGAGUUUAUGUGUGAUAGUAUGAAGUGUAUACCAAAUAAAUGGCACUGUGAUGGUGAGGAAGAUUGUGCAAAUAAUUCUGAUGAGAAGAACUGCUCUUCUGAAGGCUUUCAAUCACCUUGUAACUCUAGACAAUUCAUGUGUGCUAACCAAAAGGAUUGUAUCCUUAUUUCCUGGCACUGUGAUGGUGGUAUUGACUGUCCUGAUAAAUCAGAUGAGACAAAUUGCACCAUCACUUGUCAGCCUGACCAGUUCCAGUGCAAAAAUUAUCAGUGUAUUCCCGGACAUCUUCGAUGUAAUGGGAAAAAGGAAUGUUUUGAUGAAUCUGAUGAGGAAAACUGUCCAGAAACUCAAAAGAUGUGUGACCCAGAGAUUGAAUUUGAUUGUGGCCAGAAUCGCUGUAUUCCCAUAUAUUUGAUCUGUAAUAAAAAAAAUGAUUGUGGAAACUGGGAAGAUGAACCUAUUCACUUGUGCAAUAAGAAUGAAUGUGAAGAGAAUAAUGGAGGAUGUUCUCAGAACUGUGUUAACAUGGUUGCUGGUUUUCAGUGUUCCUGUUUUGAAGGCUAUGAACUUGUAGACAAUAAAACAUGCAAAGAUAUCAAUGAAUGUGAGAUCUUGGGUUUCUGUUCACAAGGAUGUGUCAAUACCAAAGGCAGUUAUAAAUGUGAUUGUAUGAAAGGUUAUUCAUUGGAACCAAAUAAUCAUCACCGCUGUCGAGCCUCAGAAGGACAAGCUGAAUUGCUUUUUAGCAAUAGAAAGGAUAUUCGGAAGAUUGAUAUAGAAAGCUUUGAGUAUAAGUCUGUUGUUAGUGAUCUUCAAAAUGCCAUUGCAAUUGACUUUAUAUUUCACACUAGGACCCUGUUAUGGUCAGAUGUUGCAGAGGGAUGCAUUAAAAGUGCCCCUAUUGAUACAGGUAGACCAGUAACAACAAUUGUAAAGGAGAGUGUUACUACUCCAGAUGGAAUAGCAGUAGACUGGAUUUACAAACACAUUUACUGGACAGAUACAGGAAAGAAUACUAUUGAAGUAACAGAUAUGCAGGGAACCUUGAGGAAAACUCUUAUUUGUGAGGGUCUUGAUGAACCUAGAGCUAUUGUAGUGAAUCCCUUAGAUGGAUGGAUGUUUUGGACUGACUGGGGUACUUCAGCCAAAAUUGAAAGGGCUGGGUUAGAUGGAUCUCAUCGAAAAGGCAUCGUCACUUCUGAUAUACAGUGGCCCAAUGGAUUGGCUAUAGAUUUUCUGUCUAAGAAAAUUUAUUGGGUUGAUGCCAAACUUCAUACACUAGGGAGUGUAGACUACAAUGGUGAUAACCAGCAGAUUGUGUUGUCUUCACCAGUUGUCCUUAGAUAUCCCUUUUCUGUGGAUAUAUUUGAAGACUGGGUAUAUUGGACAGACUGGGAAUCUAAAGCUAUUCACAAGGUUAACAAAUUUACUGGUAAAGAAAAGAGUGAUAUAACUGUUGGUGUUACCCAUCCCAUGGAUCUUCAUGUUUAUCACAAAUAUAAACAACCCAUUGGUGAGAAUCACUGUGGAGUUCAAAAUGGAUAUUGUUCCCAUCUUUGCUUACCAUCACCUAAUCUGACCUCAAUUUCUGCAAAGUUCAGAUGUGUGUGUCCUGAUAACAUGGAGCUUCAGAGUGACCAAAGAACUUGUAUUAUCAAAAAUCCAUCUACUAGAAGCAGUACUAGCACAAAUAGUGUAACCACCUCACAAUCAAGAAACUCUUCUUCUUCUACAAAUAAAGUUUCAACUUCAGGAUCAGUUGUACCUGCUAGCCUAUCAGAACUGACAACAAAACCACAAUUAGUAACCUUAGACCCGUUUCUAGCAGUCACUGGUAAUAGUAGUAGCAAGCACCUGUAUGAAGUCACAUCCUCAGAAGUUGACACUGGUAGAAUAGCUGGCAUUAUUAUUGGGGUUUUAGGAGGGCUAGUGGUCCUCAUUACUCUGAUUAUUAUCCUAGUCUACAAGCAGUAUGUCCACAGAAAUAUACGAAGUAUGAAUUUUAUCAAUCCAGUGUAUGGGAAAACAACAGAAGAUCUACUAAGUUUAGAAAACAAUCAGUAUCAGUCUUCAAGAUCAUACAUUUCAAGUCUGGAGUCACUAACUUCACCAGGUACCAAUGAGUUUGUAUAACUCUUGCUCUGGCUAUUUUGAGCACUGCAGGCAGUUUGAUUAAAGGGAAUCAGUGCUAUUAAUAUGUUUGGAAUAGCUUUGAAUUUAUUUAAAACAAUAAAAUAUGUAUUUUUUGUUGGAUGUUAUUGAACUUGUGAAUCACACAAUUAAGGGAACAAUAAAAUGUGCAUUAUUUGGGGGAUUAAGUCACAAGAUGGUGAGAACAAUUUAAGGAAGCCUAUAUGACUUAACACAUUGUUACAUGUGACUGAAAGUCAAAUGUUAUGUUCUUUCAGAAAAGUUCCAAACUCUAUAGCACUUGAAAACAAAUUAAGUUAUUACAGCAACAUUGUAGAAGAUAAAACCUGGUUAUUUUGACAGGAAGAAACCAUUGAUGCAGUACAUUGUGGUUAGGUAACUGUCACACACACAUAGAGGGAAAUAAGGGAGGUUCAGUCCUUAUUUUGAUGAAAACCUGGUUAUUUUGACAGGAAGAAACCAUUGAUGCAGUACAUUGUGGUUAGGUAACUGUCACACACAUAGAGGGAAAUAAGGGAGGUUCAGUCCUUAUUUUGAUGAAAAGUUGGUGUAUUUUGAAUGUGGUUUAUGCACAAAGUAAAUUCUAAAUGAUUGCCAUUUGUUUAUUUUCUUUUUACUAUGAGUGAAAUCUAAAUUGAUUGCACUAUUGGAGGAAAAAUUAUACUACCUUAAGGAUGAAUAUUCUGAGUUCCAUGACAUUUAGACAACUGAUGUUACUGUGUUGUAGUAUAGCUUCUACACCUUGAAGUAUGUGACAUUUUGUAUAGGUUACUGUUGUGUAGCUUAAAAUGGCAGUUUGUGCCAUUUCUUUUUCAGGUUUUUAUUUAUUUUUUUCAUUAAUCCAUAUGGUAUUUUAAAAGUAACAAAAUGUAGCUAAAGGAAUCACUAAUAUUUUUCCAAGAUUAUAGUUAGAAAAACUACAGUGAACAGAAUCUAGAAAGGGAAUUUGCACAAAUAGAUAUGAGCAUAGAAGGUUUAGAUUAAAGAUACAGUAAACUUGAGAGGUAUCUUUUCAUCAGGAUGCUUGAUUGAGAAACUAAUAGUAAAGGAAAUUGAUGUAAAUUUGCCCACAUAGCUGGCAGAUAAAAUUAUUUACAAAGGAGAGAUAUAUUUUUUACAAUGUGAAUAGCUAUGGUUAACUGUUUUAAAUAAAGAAGAUAAAUAUGAUAAAUCACCAGAUAUAAUAAUUUGAUUCCCAAUGUUUUUCCAUAUCAGUUUUAUCAAGUUUUAUCACCUAACAAAACCUAAAUUGAAAAAUUACAGUAAGUAAAAGAUCAUUUUAAAUAAUACAACAGUUCAAUGUUUUUGUCACAGUGUGAUAAAAUUAAUAAAGCUGAUACAGGAAAAUUUUGGAACAAAAUUGUUUUAUCAGUUGAUCUGUAAUGCUUAUUAACAUUUUAUAAUGUCUACCAUUUUGUAGCUUGCAUUGAAAGAUAAUCAUGUUGAAUAUUGUAUUAUUGUUAUUAUUACUGUUCGUAAAUAUUUUAUGGCUGGAUCAUUCAGAAUAACAAUGUUGGUGUGUCAACAACACUACUGAAUUUGAAACUAGUUACCAUAUAUAAAAAGCAAAAACAGUAAAUAAGGUUUUUAUUUUUGUUGGGUGUAUUUUUUUUACUUUAUCUUAUUUAUGUUGAUACAUCUAUAAAAUUUCAUUACUUGUAAGAAAAAUAAUAUAAAUUUAUUCGUAUUAAUUGUCCUUUUAUAGUUUUGUUUAUUAUAUUUGUUUGUUUUUAUUAGCAUGUUUUAGUUUAGUAUGUCCUGGUUUAGUAUUUCUCCAUGUGAAUAAUUAGUCUUAGUUUCAUUAUUAUUAUUUUAUUUAUGGUAUAUUUUUGUAAGCCAAGAAUGUUUAAACCGGGGUGGCUAGCCCAGUCGUAGGACGACCAUGUUCAGUGACAGGGAUUCAAACUCGCCACUGUGAGAUUGAGAGUCCAGUGCCGUAAAAAAUUCACAAUAAAAUACUUCAUAAUUUUGACGUUUACAUUUGUAAAGAAAUAUUAUCAGUCCAUCAAGCUUCCCCACAAUGUGUUAAAUGUUUGAUUUUAAUCUCUUUGCAUAAAAUUUAUAUAGUUAGAAACUAUAAAAGAUUUUACUACUGCUAGGAAAGUAACUGAAAUGGAAAAGAAACUCGUUAAUUUCUUUAUUACAUAAUUUCAUGUAAACUGGUGAAAUUUAACUUCUGACAAAUUUUUAACUAAGUAAAAUAUCCUUUAGAAAUUACAGUUCGAAAAUUAUAAAACAUGGGUAAAAGUAUCUCCUCAUUUUCUUUGUAUAUAAUUUUGCUACUGAGGUGUUUACAUGAAUUGUUUAAUGAUGUUUUUCACACCAAUCUGAAAUUUGAAGAAAGACGUAUAAGCUGAAUUUUUAAAUAUAUUUACAUUUAUAUAAUUUUUCAAGGUUGUGAACUAGAGUUGAUUACAUGAAUGACAAAUCUCUUAGAAAAAAUGGAAUGCUUAUUGCAUGAUUUCAUCUGACUUCAGUAUACUGUUGAAGAGUAAAAUAUUUCACGUUGCUUCACCUAGUUUUCUAAGUACCAUAGGAAAAAAAGGGAAAUUUGAAAUUUUGUUUUAGCAAUUUGUUUGGCUUAUAAUUAUGUAUAUAAAAGGGAUUUCCAGGGAGAAAGUUAAUGUAUGAUAUGAUUAGACUACAAUAUCAUUGGAAUUUAUAUACACGUUAUCAUAACAUUUGAGCAGAAAUUAUGUACGUUAUGUUUCAUUUGUCAAGGAGUGUGUGCUAAAGUUUAUUAUUAUGUACGUUAUGUUUCAUUCAUCAAGGAGUGUGUACUAAAAGUUAUUAUUAUGUACGUUAUGUUUCAUUCGUCAAGGAGUGUGUACUAAAGUUUAUUAUUAUGUACGUUAUGUUUCAU